ACCGUGGCGGAAGGCUUCAUAGCACUAAUGUAAAAAAAAGCACAGUGGGUUUUUAUAGACGUAUUAAACCCAUGUUGUAUUACUCUGGAUAAUCAUCAGGCAUACAAUUAACGUGGUAAUUAAUGUUAAACAUCUGAGUAAAGUUAGCGUUUAAAGGAGCAAAGAAAAAACGUAUUUCCAGAUCAUGGUGGAAAACUCUCCAUCUCCUCUGCCCGAGAGGGCCAUUUAUGGGUUUGUUCUCUUCCUCGGAUCACAGUUUGGUUUCUUUCUGUAUUGCUUAUGGGCUUUCGUGCCAGAGGAUUGGCUUCAUUCAAUAGGGCUCACUUACUGGCCUCAAAAGUACUGGGCUCUUGCGAUGCCAAUCUACUUGCUGGUCGCAAUAACAGUCUGUUUCAUUCUGCUAUUUGGUGUGAACAUGAGCAACACGGCACCGCUGGACUCUGUGGACAACAUCACAGAUGUGUAUGCACAAGGCCAGAGCUCUCAGUCCUGCCGUAACGGAGGGAUACCCCGAUUGAAGGAUGUGUCCAUUACUGAAGUCAACAAAAUGUUCUAUUUAUCACCCAGUAUGUAACAAACACAGUCUGAUACUGCUGUGGACAAAGCAGAAGUAAAGCUGCAGGGGUUUUAUUUUGGUGUUACUGUUUGUCUUUUUUUAUGAAAUGUUUUGUGCCUUAUUUAUAAGAAGAUAUGUUCUGUUGACUUUUUUAUUGUUUAAGCGUCUUUAUAAUGGUUAAAUGUGAAUUCUGUAUCCGAAUACACUGGUCACAAUAAGAUGUAUAUUGAAUGAAAACAACAGUAAAUGGCUGUACUGUCUAUGUUAAA